CGCGAGUUUCUGCAAAGCGACCAUCCAUUAUCAUCGAUUCGAGUUUGAUUAGAGAGAGAGUGAAGAGCAUUUUCAAUUUCUUCAUCAUCUUCGUUGCACUUUCACAACACAAGAGAAUCAUCGAAACAAAAAUGGGUAAGGAUCUGAGCGAUGACCAAGUUUCUUCUAUGAAGGAAGCCUUCACACUCUUCGACACCGACGGCGACGGCAAGAUCGCCCCCUCUGAGCUCGGAAUCCUCAUGCGUUCCCUCGGAGGAAACCCUACCCAAGCCCAGCUCAAAUCCAUCGUCGCCGAGGAGAAUCUCACCUCCCCCUUCGAUUUCCCUCGAUUUCUGGAUCUCAUGGCCAAACACAUGAAACCCGAGCCCUUCGAUCGCCAGCUUCGUGACGCCUUCAAGGUCAUCGACAAGGACUCCACCGGAUUCGUCUCCGUCACCGAGCUCCGACACAUCCUCACCAGCAUCGGCGAGAAGCUUGAGCCUGCUGAGUUUGAUGAGUGGAUCAGGGAGGUAGAUGUUGGUUCUGAUGGCAAGAUCCGUUACGAGGAUUUCAUCGCCAGAAUGGUCGCUAAGUAACUGCUGUUAUUCCAAUCCCUUUGCAUUUUCGUUUCUGUUUUGCUUAAUUUCCUGCGUUUGCUUUUCUUUUCGUUCAAGUGAACCAAUCAAUUAAGCUUGCUCUUUUGUUUUUGCCUUAUCGUAUGUAAUGUAGCUAACCUUUGGUGUGGUUUUAGGAAACAUUUGCUAUUCAAUUUGCUCUAUUUCUUUAGGUUUUGGUUUGAAUGGUGAUAUAUAUGCUGUAAUUGAAUUAAGAACAUGUCAUGUUUGAGCAGAUAUGUGUAUCUAAUCCUUCGUUGUUCC